AUGCCUCCACAUUUAAGUUCUCAGAGGAUUUUAACAAGACCCCUUGCAACAAAAUAUGGCCAGGACAUAAUCCUAUACCAUUAUGAGCGUUAUGGUUUCUAUAAAAUACUGGCUGUGGCCUCACUGAGUCAGCUUGUUUUCUGGAGUUAUAUGUCAUAUGUGAUGUAUGUGUACAUACGACCAGCAUCACAGAUACUUCAAGAACAUAAAAAGAAGAAUAAAAACUUACUGGAUUCAAAGACCCAAACUGUAGUCUCCAUAGCUUCCCUUGGAAUGGGAAUAUUGUUCUUUUUUACUGGAUGCUUAUAUGCCUUACGGUCAGUAAAUCAACUAGUUCUCCUCAGAGAUGGAGCACAUAUCCUUGUGAAAACAUAUACACCUUACGGUAGCAGCAAACUGUUUAGCGUUCCGCUCACUGAUGUAUCCUGUUUGGGAUCACGAUUAGAUGAGAAGGCGUUUGUCGUUUUCAAGAUAAGAGAUCGUCGUUUCUACUACAUGUUGGAUAAACGUGGGGAGUUUUUGCAACCCACCAUUUUUGACACAACUGUGGGAGUAAAACGCUGGAACUUAUAACACUGAAACUUCUGUGUAUAGUUUAUUUUAAUAGAAUUACAUUCUCCAUAGAAAUUUUAUAUAGCUGACAAACUACUACGACAGAAGCCAAACCAGUCUGAGAGUGAUUUGUCGACUAUUUGUUUGGCUAUCUAUGUUUGGCUAUCUAUGUUAUUACGUUCUGAAAG